GAAGGUUUGGGGGUGCCGGGAGGCGGAAGGGUUCGCGCUCCCCGCAUCCCGCCCCGCCUGGGAAGGAGAAGGAGAAGGUUUGGGGGUGCCGGGAGGCGGAAGGGUUCGCGCUCCCCGCCGCCCGCCCCGCCCCGGCGGGAAGCGGAAGGUUCGGGGUGCCGGGCCGGCCCCGCUCCCGCAGCCAUGGUGCGGCCGGCGCGCCGCUGCUGAGGGAGCCGCCAUGGGCGCGCUGUGCGGCGGGCUGCUGCUCUGCGGCGGGCUGCUGCUCUGCGUUUCUGGAAUGGUCCCAGAGCCACGAAAUGCAAGGAUCACUUCAGUCAAUCUUCACAGCACCCUGCAGUGGGAGGCACCAAGGUUCCCCAAGGGGAACAUCACCUACACUGUCCAAUACAAGAGCACCUACGUGCGUGAGGACAGCUUCGAGACGCUGCGGGCGGGGCUGCGGCUGCCCCGCUGCGACCUGUCCUCGCUGUCGGCCUACGGCGAUUACAUCGUGCGGCUGCGGGCGGAGGCGGGGCCGCUGCGCUCGGGCUGGCUCAGCCUGCGCUUCAAACCCAUGGAGAACACCACCAUUGGCCCCCCUGAGGUGAGGCUGAAGUCGGAGUCUGGGGCCCUGCACGUGGAUUUCUGGGGGCCCCUGGCUGACAGGCCAGACAGGUGGCACCUGAAGCAGUACUAUGGCUCCUGGAAGUACAGGAUCCUCUACUGGAGGAGAGGCAGCACAGACACACAGCUAACCUCUGCUCCCCAGGUAGCUCAGGUGGAGACCCAGCACAGCUCUGAGAUCCUGGCCCAGCUGGAGCCAUGGACAGUUUAUUGUGUCCAAGUGCAGGCUGUGAUUCCUGAGUUGAACAAGACAGGGCAGCUGAGCAGGGAGCUCUGUGAGCAAACAACCCAUAAUGGUGUAACCCCUGUGUGGAUGAUUGUGACUGUUCUGGUGGGAUCCAUGCUGGUCAUGGUCACAGCUGUCACUGUUUGUUUCUUCUGCGGUUUUUAUCUGUACAGACUCACCAAACAUGUUUUCUGCCCUUCCUACAUUUUCCCACAACACUUGAAAGAGUUUCUGAGCAAACCUCCCAGUGCUGCACAGCCUUUCCCUCUGCCACAAGAAGAGCUGCUGGUUUAUGACAGGCUGAGUGUGGUUUCCCAGGAAUCCCAGAGUGAAGGGAGUGGGGCUGAGGCCAGCAGGACCCCAGAGCACCCUGAGGACUCAGGAGAAGCCUGAAGCUCCCCCUCAUCCUUCCCUGGCAAUGAGAGCAAAAGGACUUGGGGGUUUAUCCACUGCUGCCUUCAGCAGGAAAUCCCACAGACAAACACGUGCUCACAGACUUUGGACAAAAUCAUUUUAUUUUUUUAAGUACAAGAAACUUGGCUCCAAAUGAAGAAUUCAAAGAUCCAUAACUUUUGCCACUGUUGGUUGGGAGUUGUAGCAAUUCUGGCACUGAUUUUGAUUUUAAAAAGCAAAUGUCAUAUUUUUAUAUAACACUAAUUAAUUUAACUUUGAUGGACUAUUUAUUGCAAAAACUAAUCAAAAUGUUUAUAAAAGAAAAUAGUAUUUUGUAAGGAAAGACCUGAUCUGGUUUAUUUUUUCUAAUGAGAAAUGAUGUGUUUUUAAGGAUGUCCCCACUGGCAUCAUCUUUGUAUGGAAUUUAUUCUUCCCUGCUUCAAAGUUGUGAAUUUUUAGGGUGGGAUGAACUGAUGUCUGUGGGAACCUUGGCAGCUGAAAUGAGAAUUAAAUUAGGUUCAUUUGAAUUA